AUGGGUCGUCUAGGGAAUACCCAUGACGAUGUCGAAUCGAAUCGCGACAGCGAAUCCUCAACUUGGCGCGACUGGGCAACCGUGUUAGUAUGGUGUGUAUUGGGCUACUUGUUCAUUAUUUUGGCCGUGAUUGGCUGGUUUAAUCCGUCGCUCUUGCCCGUUGAUCUCACAUCACUGGUGUUCAAUAAGGAGAUUUCCCCAUUUUUUGCCUAUUCGCACGCUUCGGGAUAUUUCCCCAAGCCGCAGGGCUUCAAGAUUGUCGCAUUAGUGCCCUUCAGGUACCACGAGCGUACAGAGAUCCUUGAUUGCUACCUACAGAAAAAUCUGGUCCACAACCAUGGCUUUCUCGAUCAGGUCGUUUUUGUGCCUCAGACACACGACCCGGUUAGCCUGGAAUGGUUGACAUCUACAGUGAUGGAGACCCCGGGGUAUGCCAUAGCUCCGCCUGGUCAGGAUAUGGACUGGAAAAUCACACAAGACAAUGUCAUGUACAUUCGUAUUGAUGGGGAUAUCGUCUUUCUGGAAGACCACACCAUUCCUACCAUCGUGAAAACCAAGUUGGAUAACCCCAAGUCACUGAUGGUUUCUGCCAACGUCGUCAACGAGGCCGCCCUUGCAACACUGCACAGUCAUCCUGGUGUUGCUCUUCCAUAUCUACCAGAGCUGCACCAUGUCAAGCAGACCUCUGGAUUCAAGGACCAGAUUAGUCAAGGAUGGCGCGCCUCGAGUCUACCUGAAUGGGAGGGUCCAGCAAGUUUCCGGGUUCGGAAGGGGUUCAAACCCCCAUUUGAAGGCCACCGAUGGUUGCUACCGGCCGAACCAGGCUCUGAUCGAGAUCCCAUCGCGGCGUCAGUAUAUACAGAUACUGGGCCGAAUUUGAAAGACUGGACGGUUGCUGCCCAGCAACAUUACUCGUUCCUUCACCAUCUCGAAAUGAACCAUCUGAAGCGAUACAAGUUCCCGAUCUGGAUCGAUCCUACCGAGCCAACCAGCCAAAACUUUGGGUGUUUCUGGGGAAGAGAUGCAUUGGCUCUUCGUGAGAUUUUUGAGGUCGAUCCCAAAGGUGACAAGCCCCGCAAGUCAUGGAUCGGGGCAGAUGGGACUAGGCCGCAUGUCAACAUUGAUGGGAAAGGCCUGGCCUCGCAUUACUCGGCUAGCUCAGGAGCUGCAGGUUUAGAUUCGACUGAUCUUCUGGACCGCUAUCGAGCAUAUGCCCAGGAGAAAGUCUGUCGUUACACAUCAUGA